AUGAAUAAAACGGAAACAGAUGGGCUUAAUAGCCCAGAGCCAACGGACAGUGGCCCAAGGACGUUUCUUGACCCUGAGGGGGGAACUCCAACAUCAGCCAUUCUCGACGAAUCAGUUACUAAACGAAGACGCCAGGCGGAAUACCUCCAUCGGCCGCCUGUAUGGAAUAUUCGACCCUCCCACGAUACCCCGCCAAAUCAUCUUGAUUCUCAGUCCAGCCUCGAAAAUCCACCUAAUCACAGAGAUGCAGGAGUUCAAGACGCAUGCCAAUUCUGCUUACAGAGACUACCAGGCCCAGCUCUUUCUCCUAAUGCUCCUAAUCACCGCAGGCGUUGUCCGGCCCUCGACACGCCCGCUACUAUUGGGAGGUCUCUGCGAAAGACAAUCUCUUUUCUAAGGGAUAGGUCCAAACCAUCCACUUCCACCAUCCCGCCAUUCGAUGCUAGUCCGAUAACAAACCGCGAAGUUACCCUCCCAAGUCUUCAGGCUCGCGGUAUACGCCCUGAUGGCACUGUCUUCGAAGUCGGUAGUAUAGCAGCCACAGAUAGCGAUGGCUCCCUUCCGUCUAAAAAUUCAUGGUCUAAAUUAGCCGGCUUCGUUACUAAACUACCAGCCCGGCUUAGGGAGUCUGUGCGAAGAAGGAAUGUUAAAAAACGGUCCCCAUAUAGAGCUAUAGCCGAAGAUUCGUUGGGUUCCUAG